UCUAUUUCUAACAUCUUUCUUUUUGUUCUUGUAUUCAGCAGUGUUAUUAACAAAUUUUAAAACUAUCAAAGUUGUAUUUGUUUCAUUGCUGAGGGCUGAGAUUCACAUUAUUUUGUUUACUGAUCGUUUACUUCAUUUGCUAAAAUGGCAGGCAUUGAGAAUCAAGCAUUCAGUGACCAAAGUGUUCCAGAAACUUCUGAAGACAAACCUGCCAUAUUAGAUGUUACAAAGGAAGGUCAUUUUAAAAUUAACAAAGCUGGAAAAGUGAAGGUGCCAAGAAGAGUAUUACAUUGCAGUGAUGGUGUUUAUGAAGAAUACAGCACAGAUGAAGAAGAAGAUGAAGCAGAGUUACAACCAGUUGUUGAUCCGAAGACCCUCAAGUGGGCACCAUAUCUUUGGUAUUGGACGACUAGAUCAGCAGUAAAAAGCUUAGCAGUAUGCGAUUAUCUUGGCGAGAAACUGGCUUGGUUCUUCGGAAUUACGAGUCCAAGAUAUCAGUACGCUCUUGAUGAAUUGGAAAGAAUGAAACAAGAGGAAAAGGAACAGGAGGAAAUGGAAAAGGAAGAAAGAGAAGCUGAACUUGAUUUUGUGAAAACUUCCGAAUCCAAACUUCAAUCUCAUCCUCCAAAACAGAUAAAUUAUGGAACUUCCCAAUCCGUUUCCACUCCACUUGAUGUGAGUGAUGUGAAACUGACCUCCAACGAGGAAGGCGAUCGCUGACAUACUUCGGAAUUGAAAAAUAAUAGCAAGUUUUUGACACUGUGAACAAAACCUAACCCUAUACUUCUUCACUUUUUUUUAGUUUGUUAUUACUGUGUCUAUGCCGUUAUCUAGAGCUGUACAAGAUUUUUUUGAAAUUUUUCGGAGUUACUUACAUUUGUUAUAUCUCUUUAAAAAUGGCAAAAGGGGCUUAGAACCACCCUAUUCAAUAUAUGACUAUGACAUUCGAUACCUAUUUAUUGCUCAACAUUUUGUUGAUAAAAUAAUUCUUACAAUAUUGCCAGACUGAUGUUAAAAUUCAUGCAGUAAUAAUAUUCAUAGAUGUCAGAGUUCCAUCGGCCCGAAUUUACCAUAUAUUGUGCCCUGAUUAAUAUUUAAUAAUGUCAGUCAUUUAGUUUGGUUGUAGAUUUAAAUGUUGUUUUGUAAUUGUAAAUUUCACAUAGUCUUCAUAUAGUGAAUAUAAUCUGUUUUUAUAUUUUGAAUUUCCUUGUGGUAGCUAUACAUACACAUGAUGUCAUUUGUUAAUGUCAACAUUUUCAGUGUUGUUGUCUUAGUUGAGCAGAUCUAGCUAAAUGAUCAUAUGACCAUUUGUUGCUUUUGAAUUGACGUCAUAUUCUCAUUCAAUUGAGCUCCCACUAUUGAAUAGCAAUAGUUUUUAUUAAUAAUUUGAAACUAUAUGCUUUGAAGUUUCUUCCUUCACCUGUAAUUUGUGUUCAUUCAAAGUCCAUGCACUGUUUCUGCCGUAUCAAUCGCACAGUAUGUGCAAUUUGUUCGUGUUUGUUAUUUAUAGUCAAGUUCAGUUUUUUUGGCCAAUUAUAAAGAUACACAAACCAUAUAUAAUCGCCGAUUUUUGACAAAUAAUUUUUGUCGGACACCAGAGUUCCCUCUCUAUACAGUGCCUGUACUUCGGUAUUUAAAUUUGUGUAAUUAGCAAUAGUUCAAAUUUAUAUUUGAUAUUUCAGUGUUGAUUAGAUCGAACAUUGCAGUAUACAGUUUUCUGAAUAGAUGGCAAUUUUGUCAUAAACGCAUGAGGAAAACUGGAAACAAACUCGUUUAACUAACAAAUGGCCAUGACUGUCUCUGCCUCCAACUUAGCAACAGAGCAAUGAUUAGUAACUAACCUUGUACUAAAAAUUUUCAAUUAUGAAGGUUAUACUUGUAAUAAAAGUUUGUUUUUUAAA